GUGUGUUUAGUGUGUUUAUAGGCUUUAGAGGCUUGACAUACUUAAGAUGUAAGCCACAUCUCCUCCAACCAAGAAAAAGGACAUCUUGGUGUGUUCUGCUUCUGGAACUCAUCCUGACACCAUUCAUGUUCCAUUGAAAAAUCUUCAACAAUUUGCCAUGGUAGGCACAAGAUGAUUACUGCCAAUGGCUCUGAAUUGUCAUCCUUCUGUUAGGCUUUUACCAGGUUGUAUUUUCUUUACUGCAGCAUUGUCUUGGAGAUAAAAAUUUAGAAAGGGGGAGGAUGAGGAUGAGGAACAAACACCGGAAAUCAUCUGCUUUCCAUUGCUAUGCAGGGAGCAGAUGUAUGUUGCCGUUAGUCGUGUGGAGCUUGUUUGGAUUCAUUGUCAUGUUUUAUUUCUAUUCUACUCUUCAUCGUCACUCCGAUCUAGAGAACCAAAUCCGUUUGAACCAUCUUGCAAUGAUGAGAGAAUUGGAAGAGGUUGAGGAGGAAAGUUUUCAUUUUCCGACGUUGAGAGGCAAGCGUUCCCCUCGUGCUUUCAAACGACGGGGACCUCGGAAGCCUCCGUCGGUGAUUGAUGAGUUCUUGGAUGAAUCUUCUGAUUUAAGGUCUUUCUUCUUCCCUGAUCGUAAGACUGCAAUCGAUCCUAGACAGGAUGAUGAUGUCAACAAGUAUUUAUAUCCCGGUAGGAUAUGGCUUGAUACUGAAGGACAUCCUAUUCAAGCUCAUGGUGGGGGGCUACUAUUUGAUGAAAGAAGGGAGACCUUCUACUGGUAUGGAGAAAAUAAAGAUGGCCCGACUUAUCAUGCUCAUCAAAAAGGAGCUGCCCGGGUUGACAUAAUUGGAGUGAGCUGCUACUCAUCGAAGGAUUUGUGGACAUGGACGAACGAGGGUGUCGUGUUGCCAGGAGAGGAAACAAAUAUCACUCAUGAUCUUCACAAAUUGAAUGUGCUUGAAAGACCAAAAGUGCUAUACAAUGAUAAGACAGACAAAUACGUAAUGUGGAUGCACAUCGACGAUGUCAACUACACCAAGGCCUCAGUGGGUGUGGCAGUGAGCGAGUCCCCCACCGGCCCCUUUGAGUACCUUUACAGCAAACGGCCACACGGGUUUGAAAGUAGAGACAUGACUGUCUUCAAGGAUGAUGAUGGAAAGGCCUACCUAAUUUACUCUUCUGAAGACAAUAGCGAGCUACACAUCGGUCCAUUAACCGAUGAUUACCUCGAUGUCACUAAUGAAAUGCGAAGGAUUUUGGUGGGGCAACACCGGGAAGCACCGGCACUUUUCAAGUAUCAAGGGACUUACUACAUGAUCACCUCUGGUUGCACCGGGUGGGCUCCUAACAGAGCACUAGCUCACGCCGCAGAAUCAAUUAUGGGGCCCUGGGAGACCAUGGGAAAUCCAUGUGUUGGUGGGAACAAGAUCUUCAGAAUGACAACAUUUUUCUCACAGAGCACUUAUGUAGUCCCAUUGCCAGGCUUGCCUGGUUCAUUCGUCUUUAUGGCCGAUCGAUGGAAUCCAUCCGAGCUUAGAGAUUCUCGGUAUGUUUGGUUGCCUUUACGGGUUGGAGGAGUGGCUGAUGAGCCUUUGGAGUACAAUUUCGGCUUCCCGCUUUGGUCCCGGGUGUCCGUUUAUUGGCAUAGAAGGUGGAGGCUUCCUGAUGGAUGGAUGAAUGCUCAAACUUGAACUUUGUUUGAUUUAAUUUCAUUUCCGUUCUUUGUUACCAAUAAUAGUACCAGUUACUCACUUUCUGUUCAUAGUCUGUGAAUAUACAUAUACAUAGAUUCAUCGGUUCGAAGUUUU